AUGGUUCUCUUCUUCAAAUCUACAGCCGUCAACCCACCAGCGCUCAUCUACAUGGGCAAGGACAAGGUGGAAAACGAGGAGCUCAUCAAGUACGCGUGGCCCCAGGACAUCUGGUUCCACGUCGACAAGCUCUCCUCCGCCCACGUCUACAUCCGCAUGUCCGAGGGCAUGACUUGGGACACCAUCCCCCAGGAUCUCCUCACCGAUUGCGCCCAGCUCGUAAAAGCAAACUCCAUCGAAGUACACGUCGCAACGCGCGAAAACGCCAUCGUCAACCGCCUGAACAAGACCAAAACCGAGCGGCAAGUCGACCACGAACAGGAGCGCAUCGACCGCAUCAAAAAGGAAAACGCGAUAAAGCGCGCAGCCGCAGCUGAAAAGAAAAAGCAAGACGCAGAGCUCGCCAAAGCGCGCGAAGCAGAAAAACAAGCAAGGUCAUACGACUCGCUUUUCAACGUCGAAGAAGACGAGUACGAGACGGGGCCAAGGAAGACGGGGAGAGAGCUUGAGGAGGAUUUUAUGUGA